AUGCAGCAGCCUGGAGCUUGCACGGGUCCUACCCACCACAUAGCACCCAGUUGCACAAUCACCCUGACUCUGAGCAGUAGCAUCAGCAGGAUGUCCAAUGUCCAAGAUAAAAAACAGGGUCUGACUGUUUUUGCUGAGGCUAACCUGAAACUCCUGAACACGAGGCAUCCUCCUGCCUCAGCCUCCACAUUCUCCUGCAGUGCCAUGACAACAGGUGAAGACUCCAUCAGCACACUGGGCAUGAUCCUUGGAGUGGGACUGUCACUGCUGCUCGUGUCCAUCCUAGGCUACAGUUUGGCCAAGUGGUACCAGCGCGGGUACUGCUGGGACGGGCCUAACUUUGUCUUCAAUUUAUACCAAAUCCGGAACCUGAAGGACUUGGAGGUUGGACCACCCUUCACCAUCAGUGGCCACAUGAACAGUCCGGAUGGUGGCUACAUGAAGUUUUCCAAUGAAAGAGUCUGA